GGUUUCGUGUAUUUUAGAAACUGUCAUUAUUGGUGAAUCGUGUUUUGUUUUCUUGUUUGCGUGAUGUGAUUGCAAAAAAUCUAUCGAAUAUCGUCAGUUUUUCGUAGAAAGCAACAAUUUAAGGACCAGCUCCAACAUGUUCUGUAUAGCACCGGGUUGCCGUUCCUCCGACGAGCAACAGUACCUGGUCGAGUUUCCGCGGAACCCUCAAUUGGCCGAUCGCUGGCGGCAAGCCAUCGAGUUGGGCACCGGAAAACCGCUUCCCGAAUCGAAUCCCGCCUCUCGGCAUCUUUGCCUGGCACACUUCGGAACCAUCGACGAGGACGUCACGCUCAGCUAUCAGGAACCGAACUGCUUUGUAGAUGGCAAUGGGUCUCCGGUUCAUGUGACUAGCUGCCGGCUGUGUCUGCGGUUUGAUUUGCGUUCCAAAAUGUUUCCCAAGACGGGAAAGAUGCAGCAUGUAUCGUUGAGCAGUACCAUCAGAGCCGUGAUGAAGAUCUGUUUGGCCCCGGAUGAUUUCCUCACAGACAUCUGUGAAAGAUGCUUGAUUCGCAUCGAUGUGCUGAAAAGUUUAUCUCGGGAAACACUGCAGCAGGAGAUAGAUUUCAGGGAUAUGAUGGAUCUGGUUAGGAAGGAAACUAAUGUUGAUCCAACGGUUAAAGUUGAAGCUAUACUAGAUGAGGUGAAAGAUGAAACCGAAACCGGCGAAGAUGCGAUAUCAUUAGUCGUGGGGGAAGACGAUGGCCAGCAGGAACCAGAAAAGCUUGUUCGCAAGGACAACAAGGCGAUUAAACGAUUUGAAGAGGAAACACAGGGAGGUGAAUCGGAUUCUUCGGGUGAUGAAGUCAGAGAAGAUGAUAUAAUGGAAUCUUCAUCCGAUGACGACGACGAACCCUUGGUAAAAUUAGUCAGAAAAAGGCCAAAAAAGGAUGUAAGGAAUAUUGAGGUCAAAAAACGAGGUAGGAAACCAAAAUCGAAGCAAGAUGUAGUUAAAGUAGCGAAGAAAAAGAGAGGAAGGAAACCGGGACCACCUAAACCUCCACCUGUUCGGCAGGAGUAUUUGAGGAAUAUUUUGGAUAAAAAAUGUUACAUCUGCGAUAUUUUGCUAGAAAACAACGACGAAUUAGUUGCUCAUUUGACUGAAUUACAUGCCGGAAAAGUAGAUUACAGAUGCGAUGAGUGUAAAAAAUCGUUUGGCAAAGUUACGAUAUACAAUCGACAUCUCAGCUGUCACGAUAUAACGAUUCGGCCGAGAAAAUGUUCCUUCUGCACACUCUGUUUUAGCGCUAAAGAGAGUCUCAAAGUUCACGAAAAUAAGAUACACGGAGCCGAUCAUGUUUUGCCUAAAAAGUACAAACGAGGAGACAUGACCUAUCAGUGUGAAGCUUGUGGUAAAAUCUUUCGCAAUGAUGCUCUGCUCAGGCAGCAUGAUCUUUUCGUGCAUAAGAAAGUUCCAGCGGCGACUUGCAAGCUAUGCGGGAAAAAUUUUGCUACUAAAGCCAAUCUUGAAAAGCAUUAUAUUGUACACUCGCAGGAGAAGCCAUACAAAUGUGAUAAAUGCGACGCCGCCUAUAAAACGUCGACUGCCCUGACUCGUCAUACAUUGCGGCACCAGAAUGUACUGCCAUUCGAGUGUCGAUACUGCGACGAACGUUUUCCCAAUCAAGGAGAAUACGACAGGCAUCGCUACUUGAACCACAAAAGUCGCCACGCAAAACCUAGUGCAAUGAACGUACUGUCGCGAAGCAUUCCUUGCGCGCUCUGUCCGGAAAUCUACCAUCGUUCGGCCGAUUUGCAAUAUCACAUCAACGAAAGUCACGCUAACGAUUCAUAUCCGUACAUCAGCUGCCCUCAAUGUCCCCAGCGUUUCCUCCAACAGGAACAGCUCAUUACACAUAUGAACAUCCAUACCGAUUUGUUCGUUUGUGCCCUCUGCGAUAAGCAUCAUUCGUCAGCAAGUCAGCUUAAGGAUCACAUGACAACCCACAAUCAAGCACAACCAUGGCAAUGUACAAUAUGCUUAAAGCGGUUCAGUCUACAGUCCAAUUUCUCCCGGCAUCGGUUGAUUCAUCUGGACGAGAAACGUUUCCAGUGUGAUCUGUGCGAUAAGGCGUUUUCCCAGAAAGGUCAGCUAAUGAACCAUCGACGGACGCAUACGGGCGAACGACCCUUCACCUGUCCCGUGUGUAUGAAAUCGUUCGGCGAUCGACCGACAUUCUACAAGCAUCGAAAACGGUGCAUGGAACGCGGCGACGGCCCUACUGCGGAAAUCGAUCGCAAGCAAGCACUGGUGGUAAAUUCGAGUUUGGGAAUUGGCCAACAGGAAGAAGACGGCUGCGACUUUUGAAAAGGUAAAUAUUAAAACGCAUGAACGAUUUUGGGGCUAAUAAAACGUCUGGGUAUAAGAGCUGUCGCAAUUG